ACGUAACGAAAGAUGCGGCUCGUCGCUAUAGGGACGUAACGUUCGUAACGUUUUGAUCCGCAUUCAGUGUGUCGAAGGCUUCAUCGUGAAGGUUCACACCGCUGGAAAAGGUCAAAGGUGUUUGCGACGAGUCCACAAUGGAGGAACUCCGGCAAGUCCUGAGAGACCAGGAUCGUGAAAAUGUGCAGUCUGCGUUCUACAUUGGCGGAAGCGGGGGAGAGCGAGAUGCCGGGUCGUCCGACCCGGAGUGGCAAAUUACUCAAGAUAUGCAGUUUUUGUUGCGGGUUGCCUGUACCACGGCUCUUUAUCCGCUCGAAUAUGCUAAAACGCUCAUCCAGAUCGGUUACGAACCGAUAGCACCGCGGCCAGGCCGUACGCUGUUUGGCGAACGACGUCUUAUGCUGCCGAACGUUUUCCAGUAUGCGGGCUACAUCAAGAGCGUCGAUGGAUUCUUCGGAUGUUUUCGCGGGCUCAGUGCUAGGCUCGUCGGGAACUUCCUCAGCUCGUACUACGGUGGGGUUCUGGCCGACCGUCUCGGAUACCUCGAGCCUCCCAAAAGGAAGGACACCGGUCGCCUGAGUUACAACGAUGACCGCCAUCUGCUGAAGAUGGAAUUUGUAAUGAACCUGAAGCGGAAUCUGGUGGUCCACUCGACGGGAGUGGUCAUUUCGCAGCCCUUCUAUGUCAUUUCCAUACGCAUGAUGGCACAGUUCGUGGGCAGGGAGCGCAUUUACACCGGAUUGGUAGCUUCGAUCAAGGAGAUCUGGAAGACGGAAGGGGUGGCUGGAUUCUUUUCUGGUUUGAUCCCAAGGUUGGUGUGCGAUUUGGGCUGUGUGCUGAUUGGCAGCACGCUCACCUAUCUGCUCAGUGCCACCAUCGUGGAAGGAGAAUCAAGCCGUAAUAACCUGAACACGCUCAGUCAUUUCACCGUCAGCAGCCUAUUGUACCCAUACCACGUCGUUUCGACCUGUAUGAUUGUAAAUGGAUCCAGACUAAAAGCCGGCAAUCUGCCGCUGAUGGACAACUACAUCAACUGGAAGGAUUGCUAUGCCAAGCUGCGCGCGACCAACGAGCACAAACGUGGAUCAUCCUUAUUCUUCCGCGCCGUCCCGAAAGCGAUCACCAAAGCGAGCAACAUCUUCGCACCCUAUCCUGAGAUGAAGUAGAAAUUUACGGCGAUAUGCGAUCAAUUUACUUACCGCUCGUUGUGUUUGUGAAAGGUUUCUCGUAGUUCUUCGUCAUAGUUUUGUUCAACAGAUUAUGUUUCCUUCGUUGCACCGGGCCUUGGGAUGUAUCCUUUUUGACCGGUUAACAGAACCGGAACAGAUUUUCGCUUUAUCCGCUGCGCAUUUACUGCACCUCAAUCCAGAAAUCAAUCGAAGAAGGCAUUGGGCUUUAUGCAACAACACAAGACAUACUGAAAAUCUUGAGAAUACCUCCAACCCGUUGAUCGUUUACAGUGUUCUAGUGACUGUUUCAAAUAGUCUACUUCGAAAUAUAGCGACACUCAAUCACACAAAGUUAGUACAC